GUGACCUUAUCGAUAUGAUGUUGACACGUCUAGUUUAGUUUAUUUAUAUUUUCACCAAAAAUCAUUUUAAGCAGAAAUUUAUGGCUGACUUUCAAGAGCAGCUGCGACAAUAUCGCCUUCAGAAGCGAAGGCAGGAGACCGUUGACAACUUCAAGACGAAACUACGCCGCUUCUGGAUGUUGGGCACAGGAGCCAACAAAGAUACCACCAUCGAGGUACAACAGGCACCAGCCACAACCAAGGCCCAGGAUACAGCUGCAGAAUCCCCUGAUGAGGCUGCUUUCUCCAGUGAAAAUGAAUUAAUGCCAGCGGAAAGUACCUCCAGAUCUACAGAGCACCAUCACAAGGAAAACAAUGCCCUUAAGUACACCCUCUGGGGUGUUUACUUUCUGUUCUGGGUCACCCUCUAUGUGAUAGCAAUUGAACUGAAGUUCGGACUGGUCUUCCUCAUGUUUUCCGCUCUGUUUGGAAUAUAUUUCAAUACCAGGACAGGUCCCAGGAAUCGCAACGAGAUGAGUGCCUAUAGUGUCUUCAACAAGAACUGUGAGAGCAUCGAUGGCACCCUGAAGGCAGAGCAAUUUGAAAGGGAAAUACGCUAUGGUUCAGGCAGUGUUCGAUAGGGGGCCUUACCAUUUAAAAUGUAAUUUAGAUAAAUUAAUAUAAACUAAAAAAUUUAAUAUAAAUAACUCUUGAUAAGGGGAAGAGUGAACAGCAGGAGAAAUGUGUUAAAUGUACUUGUGAUUAUAUCUCAAAAGCUUUAUACAGAAACCUUUAGGUCUCUUGAAAGUGUAAAUUCCCAUUAAAUAUUCCUCUAAUUCUGCUUUUUAUAUGA